AUGCAGCACCAGCCGCCGGACUCCGACCUGCCACCUCUCGCUGCCAUUAAGGUCCGCUCCUCCUCCCCGCGAUUCCCCCCUCCUACCACACCCCUCUCCACCGACACCCCCACCGCCAACGCCCAGCGCAAGAUCGGCAUCGCCGUGGACCUCAGCGACGAGUCGGCCUUCGCCGUCAAGUGGUCCGUCCGCCACUACCUCCGCCCCGGGGACGCAGUUGUCCUCCUCCACGUCCGCCCGACCUCCGUCCUCUACGGCGCUGAUUGGGGUUCCGUCGACCCCUCUAGUUCCAUCGACGCCUCCAGCGAGGAGUCCCAACGGAAGCUUGAAGACGAUUUUGACGCUUUCACCUCCACGAAAGCUGCCGAUAUGGCCCAGCCGCUUGUGGAGGCGCAGAUCCCCUUCAAAAUCCAUAUCGUCAAGGACCACGACAUGAAGGAGAGGCUCUGUUUGGAGGUUGAGAGGCUGGGUUUGAGCGCCGUCAUCAUGGGGAGCAGGGGAUUUGGGGCUACUAAGAGGGGUAGCGACGAGAGGCUCGGAAGUGUGAGCGAUUACUGCGUGAGGCAUUGUGUUUGCCCUGUAGUUGUUGUGAGGUAUCCGGAUGAGAAGGACAGCGCCGGAGGUGGAGAUGAGCCGGUGGUAUCUGUGGCUUCUGCCGCCACGGAGGAGGAGGAGCCUGAAUAUCAUGAUGCAACGGAUGGUAGGAAAGAUUCCUAG